CUCCUCCCAACAUGCGUCCACAAUCUAAUCUCUCUAUUUCUUAUACUACCUAGCUCAUCAUAUCAUAUGAUCAGCCAAAAUAAUCAUGGCACAUGAAAGAACACACUAUUGCUUCAUCUUCUUCUUCUUCUUCCUCCUUCUGAGUAUCGUGUUUGCCCCGCUAUCACGGGCAGACAACGAUACUCAAAUCCUUUUGCGGUUCAAGAACUCAUUGUCCGAUGCCGGCGCCUUACAAAACUGGGACGAGUCAAUCAAUAUUUGCAGCUGGACCGGCUUGUUAUGCAAAGAUGACAAACUUCAUGGACUAAAGCUAGAAAACAUGGGAUUAAGUGGCACCAUUGACAUAGACAUUCUUUCCGAAUUGUCUAUUUUGAAUAGCUUUAGUGUGAUUAACAACAACUUUGAGGGUCCAAUGCCGGAGUUCAAGAAGCUUGAGAGGCUAAGGGGAUUGUUUCUUUCCAAUAACAAAUUCUCCGGCCAGAUUCGCGACGGUGCGUUCGACGGCAUGAGGAGGCUGAAGAGGGUAUUCUUGGCGGAAAACGAGUUCAGCGGCCAUAUUCCUAGCUCUCUUGCUCAAUUGCCAAGGCUUUUGGACGUGGACUUGCAUGGAAAUAGAUUUGAUGGUACCAUACCUGAAUUUGAGAAUAGCGAUUUUAGGGUUUUUGAUUUAUCAAACAAUCAAUUGGAGGGUUCAAUUCCAAAAAGCUUGAGCAAUGUGGAUCCAAGUGCAUUUGCUGGUAACAAAGGACUAUGUGGAAAACCUCUAAGCAACCCUUGCAGCAAUAAUGAACAACCCACCCCUCAAAAUGACAACAAAACAAACAAACAUCGCACACUAAUAAUUAUAAUUAUCAUAGUGGUAAUUGUGGUUAUCUUAGUUCUAAUCCUAGCACUCUUCAUAAUCAUAAAUCGCAGAAGAAAAGCCAAAAACCCUAAUCAUCAGCUGGUAGAGGCUGCAAAUGCAUCAAAACCUCAUAGUAGUGUUGCAGUUUCAAGUGAUGAGGCCAAGAUGGCGACAUCCAUGGAGGCAAGGGCAUCCAUUGAGCCAAGUAUAUCAAUAGAAACAAAAUCCAUAGACGUGGCUGCGACUGAGGCUGAGGCUGCGACAGCCGUGUUAUCCAUUCAGAGUGUUGAAGAUGGUGGCGGCGGUCACGGAGGAGGAGGAGAAGACUUUAACUUUGUGAGGGAAGAUAGAGAGGUUUUUGAUCUGCAAUACCUGCUGAGGGCCUCGGCCGAGGUCCUCGGCAGUGGAAGCUUUGGAUCAACCUACAAAGCUAUGAUUCAUAGUGGUCAAGUUGUGGUGGUGAAGAGGUUCAAGAACAUGAACAAGCUUGGAAAACAAGAAUUCUUUGAGCACAUGAGAAGGCUUGGUAGGUUGACACACCCUAAUGUGCUCCCUCUUGUUGCAUUCUACUAUGGAAAAGAAGAGAAGCUUUUGGUCUAUGACUUUGUUCAAAAUGGGAGUUUGGCUAGUCAUCUUCAUGGUAAACGAAGUUUAGCGUUAGAUUGGCCAACUCGUUUGAAGAUCAUAAAAGGAGUAGCAAGAGGCUUGGCAUACUUAUACAAGGAAUUUCCAGACCAAAAACUGCCCCAUGGACACCUCAAAUCCUCAAAUGUUUUGUUAGAUCAUGCAUACAAGCCUCUUUUAACAGAAUACCAACUCGUACCAGCAAUAAACAAAAGCCACGCCCAGCAAUUCAUGGCAGCAUUCAAGUCUCCCGAGGCAAGCCAGCACGACAGCCCUGGCGACAAGACUGACGUGUGGUGUCUCGGGAUCCUUAUACUAGAGUUGCUGACAGGAAGGUUUCCUGCAGAUUACGUGAGGCACGGAAAGGGUGCGAGCGAGGAGCUAGAGACAUGGGUGAAAUCUAUUGUGAGUGGGGAGGUGAUUGAUAAGGACAUGGUUGGAGGAAGCAAUGGUCAAGGGGAGAUGUUGAAGAUGUUGAGGGUUGGGAUGGGGUGUUGUGAGUGGAAUGAGGGGAGUAGGUUGGAAUGGAAGGAAGCUGUAGCCAUGAUUGAGGAGGUGAAAGAGAAAGAUAACAUGGAAGAUGAAUCUUCUGGUUUUAGUGAGUGGGACUUGUCCUUUUAUUCGGAAACUCUUUAG